AGUUGUACAAGUUUAUGUCGUUGGGGUGGGGGAGGGGGGCGAAUGACAUUUUCGCAUACACCUCAAAGUAUGUAGUUACGCCCCUGUGGAAACGGGACGUUUAAACGAGAAACCCCAAAGUUUGACUGUUGACUGUGUGACAGACUGUUUCCGCUCCCGGUAACAGUCGGGAGCGGUAUUCCUACUUUCCUAAUCAAAGUAGGAAAGAGAGCUUCUUUCCUACUUUGAUUAAUGGCGGCCCGCCUGUAAAGCUUAACGGUGACCUCACAUGAUACCGUUUGGCUCAGACGCCUUCUGUUCUAAAAAAACACAAAAAUAAAAAACCUCGUACUCUAGAAUAUUGUGAUGAAAAUAGGGCCUUAUUAGCCAACUAAAUCAAUUUUGUUUUACAAAAAAAAAAAAAACAUACUGCCAAAACUGAUAUUUUAUGUCAAAAAGAUGGUGAUUUUUUUUCUCCUUUUUUAUUUUUUGUCAAAUAAAAAGAAAAUUGGACUGUGAUGCUAUUUUUGUUGGCUUUCAAUAACUUCUGUUAAAUGCCUGGUCCUUUAAUCAAUUCAAAUUCUCAUAUUCUAUCUUUAAAAAAAAAAAAAAAAGACAAAAAUGCUAGCGCUUGGCCUUCGCAAGAUAUCGGCAUUAAAAAAAAAACCCAAAACUUUCCAAACUUGCUACAGGAUAGAUAGUAUUGUUAUUAAUUUUGGUUUUGCAUUGCUGUUACCUUUCAGCAAGAAGAAGAAAAAACACCUUUAAGAAGAGAAUCGAGAUCCUUCCGAGGAAAAUUCUCAACCGUAAUAAUCAGAGCAAAAAAUAUCAAUGUUUCUGAAAAUCAUAUCACCAAGCAAGAUUAAAAUUAUGUUUGUUAUGCCAUUUAAAAUCUUCAAACGUGUCCUAAAAAGUGGGAAACAAUGGGCCUAGAGCUAAAUGUAAGUAUAUUCCAUUCUCGUCUCAAAUUGCUGCGUCUCCUCUUACUCCUGGCUGCCACAGUAAGCCGUCUUCCCCCUAAACUCAAUCAGAAAGGUUUAUAGGGCUGAUUAGAUUAGCAUAAGCAGCUGGGAGUAGUUAAUGGUCUUUGCUGGUGUUGAUAAGUAACACUGACUAAUUGGCCCAGGCCAGCCGCAGAGAGCCGACACCGGCUCACAGGAACAGACUGAGACAAACAGAACUGGAUCCGGCGCCGUGUGCGAGAUGCUGAGGCUCGGAUGCGAUGAAGAGAGAGCUUCUGGAUGCUCCUGGCCGAGACGUGGACUUUAACUGAGGGACGGGAUUUGAUGAUACUUUAGCUCCCUGCUCAGGGGUCAUCAGAGGUCAACCACCGUGGGGUGCAACUUCACUCAGGUCAGAUUUACUGGCGUCAACAUGAAUCGGCACGCCUUCGCGCCCCUCCCAGCCAGACCCCCGGCCUACCCACUGAUGGGAUACCAGGACAGAAAUUUCGACCUGCAGCCUCCCGGACGAACACAGAGGCCGUACUUUGACAAAGCCUUUCACCAAGCAGCGCAGAAGUCCUCCAGAUCCGCAACAAGAAGAAGCAGCAGCAGUUGUCUACAUGUCUAUAUUGCAUGGAGGAUUUAUUACCACAAACAACUCAAGAAAAUGCAUCAGAAAUCCCAAAGUCUUCCUCAGGAGACGGUGAUGAAAUUUCCAAUCACAAACCUGCUAGACUUGGAGCAGCCUGAACAACCCCAGCCCUCCUGCAGACGCCCAUAUUUAGAUUCUGCGUUUAGAAGCACAGCAGGAAGAGAAAAAGCGAUAAAUGCCGGCCAUAACCCGAGCGAUCAACCGGAACCUCACCCUUCUACACCUGCUUUCCGUCCCAAUGAGAAAGCGUAUCUGGAGAGACCCAAGGGCUGCCAAACCAACCCGACGAGCGGCUCCCUCGACAGGAAGCGGCACCUGGAGGGCUGCAGCUCCGACGGCGUGAAGAGGCUGAAGCAGGAAGACGAGCGGCCUGACCCGUCUUUAUUCACUGCACCUUGUACAGACCCUUCCACAAGCAGGAUGCAGGCUCAGCCAACGAGCAUCAGCAGGCUGUGCGCGUCCUGUUGCUGCACAUGCGUCUCUUACCCGGGUGCAGAGCUGCAUCCCUACCAAACUGCAUCAUGGGAGCAAGCAUGGAGCCACAGAGUGGAUAUCCAUCUGAGGCAGAAAGUCUUCAAAGAGUAUUUCUGUGAGCGGUUUCCGCCUACGUUGGCACCUCAUGUUUACUCUCCUCUGGACUCUGUUUACCUUCCAGACCAGAACACGUUCCCGUCGUUUCUGUCCCUGCUGUAG